AUGAUAGCUUCGUUAAGUGGCCGUUUGCAGUUAUCAAAUCGGCUGUUUGAAGAUCUUUGUGGCACAUCGAGCGGUUUAGAUCUGUCACUAUCAAUGGAUGCCAGUGCUCAACAGUUCGAACGGCAACAAAUCCUUUUACAACAAUUUUAUCAGCAGAAUGCUCUCAGCACAUAUUUAUCACUACUGAACAACAGCACUCAAGCAACAGACCAACUGCCCCACCAUCAAGCGUCUUCAAAGUGCUCGUCAUCGUCACCAAUUGCAGUCUUACCAUCAUGCUCAUCAUUCUCAUCACCUGCACAGUCACCAACCUCAGAUCCGUGGCUCUUAUUUGUUACUUCACCCCCUUCAUCUUCAUUAUCAUCGACGGACAAUCAGCUAUCACUCCAAAAUCGUCCAACGCCAAUAACUAUCUCAAAACCAAUCCCAUCAUACGGACACGUCAUAUCACCUCAGUCAUCAUCAACCUCACACGUUCAACAAAAAAUGAAUCGUUCAAAUCAGGUGUCUCCAUCGAAAUCAGCAUUCGAUGAUCCUUUGACAACGCUACAGUUAAUCUCAUUACAAUCUGAUCUGUUUCAACGGCAGCAAAUCAAUAAUACACAGCAACAACUGAAUCUUCUAGCUGCGCAGUAUUUGUUGAGUAAUUCUGAAUUAUUAUCCGAUGAGCAAUGCCUAUCAUCAGCAUUGCCAAGUAGUCCUCAAGCGCACAAUAUUUCCAACGAUCUUUCGAAAACGUUAGUCCACCCGCUCAUUACGCAGCUGCCAACUACCGAAACUUUACGUUUGCCAACUACACCAGCAUUACCAACUCCUGAUGCGACACCCUCUCCAUCACACGAAUCGAGUAGUCCUCAAUCUACUGCAUCAAAAAGCAGUAAAGAGAAGGAAGAAGACGAUGAAGAAACACUGUACGUUGAUGUUGAGAGCAUCGACGAUCGAACGGCUUGUAAACGACAGCGAAAGGCUCAUAUUGAAUUCUAUCGUAAGCUAAAAGCGCUGAGACAAAGGGAUAAAAUCUUGGAGUGUCAGUUAUGCCACGACAAAGUGGAGAACAGAGAACACAGUCUACGUAACCAUGUGCACAGUCAUUCUGACACGGCAUUAUUCAAAUGCAAAUUAUGUGGUGCUGAAUCAAAAGAGCAGAAUGCCAUGUUUGCGCACAUAAAGCAACACCAUCCCAACAAAGGUCAUAAUGGUUUCGAAGAUCGUCGUGAUAUGAGUAAUUUAUCGACUAUUCUGUUGAAAUGUUUUCCCAAAACAGCAGCUAAGACUCGUGUUGGUUAUAACGAGGUAAUGGAUAAAAUAAGCAAAAAUAUAGAAAACAAAUCAAUGAACAAGGUGAUUUGUGCAAUGUGCAUGAAAAGUGUUAGCGCACAGAAGAGCUGCAUCUCGCGUCAUGCUCACACUCAUCCGCAUUUCAGAUGUAAACGAUGUAAGCAGACAUAUGCACAUGAAGCAGAAAUGGUUGAACACUGCACGAAAUCGCACGAUGUAAUUGAUCCAAAAAUAACAAAAGACUUCAACGAAUGUAGUGCAGUUGAUGUGAUGCUUAUCGUUCUCAAAAAAUGUUUCCCAACGCUUACUUCCGAUUGA